AGGCAGCGGCGAGGCCGUUUUUACCUCAGCGCAGUCGCCAUUUUGUCCUCGGCGGGACAUUGACGAGGGAGGAAGAGCCGUGUCGCUGCCAGGUACCACCCCAACCGCCACCAUUUUCGCCAUGUCGAGAGACCGCUUUCGUAGCCGCGGAGGCGGCUUCCACCGGCGCGGGGGCGGCGGAGGCCGAGGCGGCCUCCCGGGGACCCACGACUUCCGUUCCCCGCCGCCGGGCAUGGCGGCCGGGAUAGGGCAGCCCCGAGGCAGCCACCACCACAUGGGCGGGGGCCUCGGCGGCCCUCCGAAGUCGGAGCCCAACAAGCCGCCCAGCUCGGCCUCCACCCCGCCUUCCUCCGCGGCCUCCGUCUCCGUCUCCUCCAGCCCGGCGGGCUCGUCGCCCGCUGUGGGAGGGCCCACCCAGAACCAGGUCGGGGCGCCGCCGCCGCCCUCCUCCUCCUCCUCCUCCGUCACCACUCCGAGCUCGGCCUCGGCUCCCGCCGCCUCCUCGGGGCUCCAGAGCGGAGGCCGAGGUGGGGAUCAGCCGCCGCCUCAGCAGACCAGCGCGCCGCCCAGCCAAAGCUCCGGCCAAGGGGGCUCUAAAAAAGGGCCGGGCCCGUCUCCAGGACCGGUCGGCGGCCUGAAGGGAGGCCCGGGAGGUUCCCAACAAGGAGGCGGCCCCAAGGGCGGAGGAGGCCCCGGGCAGCACCGCGGCGGCGGGGAGAGGCGCGGCGGCCAAAGCCAGCACCAGCACCCGUCCCAGCAGCAGCAGCAGCACCCGUCGCAGCACCCGUCGCAACAGCAGCAGCAGCAGCAGCAAGGCGCCGGCGGGGAGAAAAUGUCGGAUGCGGAGGGUUUUAAAGCCAAUUUGUCGCUUUUGAGACGGCCUGGAGAGAAGACUUACACUCAGCGAUGCCGGCUCUUCGUUGGGAAUUUGCCUGCUGAUAUCACAGAGGAGGAGUUUAAGAGGUUAUUUUCUAAAUAUGGUGAACCUGGUGAAGUCUUCAUCAACAAGGGAAAAGGCUUUGGAUUUAUUAAACUGGAAUCCAGAGCUCUGGCUGAAAUUGCAAAGGCAGAACUUGAUGAUAUUCCCAUGAGAGGAAGGCAACUUCGUGUGCGUUUCGCCACCCAUGCAGCUGCUCUUUCUGUGCGUAAUCUCUCCCCAUAUGUAUCGAAUGAACUGCUAGAGGAAGCCUUCUCUCAGUUUGGCCCAAUUGAAAGAGCUAUUGUGAUUGUUGAUGAUCGUGGCAGAUCCACAGGAAAAGGCAUUGUUGAAUUUGCAUCUAAACCUGCAGCACGAAAAGCAUUUGAACGUUGCACCGAAGGUGUUUUUCUUUUGACAACUACACCCAGGCCAGUUAUUGUGGAACCACUUGAACAACUGGAUGAUGAAGAUGGUCUUCCAGAAAAGCUUGCUCAGAAAAAUCCGAUGUAUCAAAAGGAGAGAGAGACUCCUCCACGGUUUGCACAACCUGGAAGUUUUGAAUAUGAAUACUCCCAACGGUGGAAAUCUUUGGAUGAAAUGGAGAAACAGCAGAGAGAUCAGGUGGAGAAAAACAUGAAAGAUGCCAAGGAUAAACUGGAAAGCGAAAUGGAAGAUGCCUAUCAUGAGCAUCAGGCAAACCUUUUACGCCAAGAUCUCAUGAGGCGACAAGAGGAACUGAGGCGUAUGGAAGAACUUCACAAUCAAGAGAUGCAGAAACGCAAGGAAAUACAGUUGAGGCAGGAAGAAGAGCGCCGUAGGCGCGAAGAGGAGAUGAUGAUCCGCCAACGUGAGAUGGAAGAACAAAUGAGAAGACAGAGGGAAGAAAGUUACAGUAGAAUGGGUUACAUGGACCCUAGGGAGAGAGACAUGAGAAUGGGUGGCACCACCACAAUGAACAUGGGAGAUCCCUAUGGUACAGCUGCUCAGAAAUUCCCACCUUUAGGUGGUAGUACUGGCCUUGGCUAUGAAACCAGUCCUGGAGUUGGACAAACAUCUAUGAGUGGCUCUAUGAUGGGAAGCGAUAUGCGCCCUGAGCGAUUUGGGCAGGGAGGUGCGGGGCCUGUAGGUGGCCAGGGCCCUAGAGGAAUGGGGCCUGGAACUCCAGCAGCUUAUGGGAGAGGGAGAGAAGAAUAUGAAGGCCCAAACAAAAAACCCCGAUUUUAGAUGUGACUUCUAGAUUUUCAUUCCAGUUUUGUUUGUCUUGUUUAGACACUACUCUUUUUUUUUUAAUUCUUGCAUUUUAGUAAGAAAGCUACGUUUUUAUGGAUGUUAGAAACUUAAUGACCUAGAAUUUGUAAGUGGUCUGGGCAAGAAAAUCUAAUUAUGUAAUGCAGUGUUCAAAACCUAGCUUUUUUGAUGUAUAACGUCCCUACCUUGAUGGCAGUGUAUCGUGUGCCAGAAUUCCCAAGUGUAAACUUUUUUUACUGUGCUGAAAAUAAAUAGACUAAAUGUAGCAAUGAUUCUUAUAUCGUAAACUUUGCCAUUCGCUGGCCCAAGUAUACAGGGCAAAAACGUCGCACUUUUCAACGUGCAAUACAUUGCUUUGAAAUCUAAUCUAGUGUGUUGCGCAAUAUGGCUUAGAUGUUGCCAUGCCAUAAAAUGUCUAAUUGACCUACUUGCCUACAAGUAUGCAAUGUUGAGACCUAAUUAGGUUUGAAUAUGAAAUAACUUUAUAGGCGAAGUCUCACUCUUUGAAAAGCCUCUAGCUUUAGUUCUAUAAAAGUUGCAGCAUCGUUAAGUAUUUUGAGUUUGACUCUAGGUGUUUUAAUUGCCCUACAGUUUGAGAGCAAAGGGAAUCUUUGUAAAAUAAUCCAGAGUUAACUUUCAAAUGCUGCAGUCAGAUGGGUUAGAUGUUAACCCUGAGUUAAGGGAUUUGCUGCUGGGUAAGAAGGUGGGAUCUGGUAGCAUUUGCUACUAGGUAUCUUAAGAGCAUCUUCAUUCCAUGUUCCAUAAGUCAUGACAUGGCGUGUAUAUACUGAUCUCCUUUUAAAGGACUGUUCAGUGUGACAUCCCCCUUCCCCCAAUAUGGCUCAGUGUAUAGGAUCUGGCUGGCCAAUUUUACAGUCAACAUUUAACCAAUAUGCUUAUCACAAAAACACUGAGUAUGGGAGGGCACUUGUAUUUUAUAACUUGUACCAUAAUUUAGGAACUGGAAUGCAAAAAUGAAAGUAUCCUUUGAAACUUCUGGGUCAAAAUAUUUCAUAGUGUCCCACAUCGUAGUAACUUGCCAAGUAAAAUUUGACACUUGAAAACCUAAAUAUAAGGACUACAUAGUACAAAGUUGUGUUGAACCUGGUAGAAGAGUUGAAUCUUUGAACCUUAACUUAUUAAAAACACACGUAUGAAUUCAAGAUGUCCUGGACUCCAUACCCCGAUAGCACCUGGAAUGCUGGGUGCAGAGUUACCCAGUGUAAAACGUACUAAGGGUUGAUGAAAUGAAGAUCAACCUGAUUGGAGUCCACUCUGCAUUUAAUUCUGGAUGUAUUUUCUUUCAACAAUUCUUGAGUGUUACGUAGUUCUUCAUCACUUAAAACAGGGGUGGGGAACCUUUUUUCUAUUGAGGACACACACCCUCUGAGGCUAUCAGUUGGGGAGCUGCAUGCUGAUGGUGGGUUGGUCUGGAGCCAAAGGUGGGCAGGGCUGCCCCUUUUCUCACUUGCUUUCUUCCUUGCUGGGGAAAGAACAAUAGCUUUUGUCAGAGACCUGAAUUGAUCUCUUCCAUCGUUUCAUCCAUUUUGGUUGUCCCUCCUUCUUUUAGCUCUCCCCAACUGCAUGAAAUUAUGCUGAGAGCAGCAUAUGGCCCUCAGCCUCAGGUUCCCCACCCCUACUUUAAAUGUCUUACUCUGUUUUGGGAAGAAUGGGCUAUCUUAAAAGUGUUCGCAACAAGAGUGGAUAAAGCCUUGGUGCCAUCAGUUAUUAAGCACUUUGACAAUGCAAACUUAUUAGUACAAAGGUAUAUGCUAAGCAAACAAUUUAAAUGCAAAAAACCUGGUAAACUGUUGAUGGUCAAGGUUGCUGGAUGAUUGCCUCUAGUGUUGUGGUUGGAUUGAGCUACAUUCCCAGAUGCAUUCAAGAAUAUACAACAUGAAGCCAGCUGCUAUUUAAACUGUAUGGGAAAAAUUAAUCUACACUUCUUGCACUGGAAACAAAUGUAGAGGAGCCCUUGUAAUACAAUUCAGUGAAAUUUGGAAAUUCAGCUUAAAUGUCAGUGGGUUUUAGGGGCUCAGCCAUUUGCAGGUCAUUUUUUAAAGGGGUGUUCAUGGGACACCCGCUGUAGGAAAUUCUGAGAUUGACAGUGGUGGGGGCCUCUGGACACAGACACUAAUUUUCAGUUUAUUUUUCAGAUUACAUGCCAUUUUUCCUUAGGAUGCUGGCACAUAUCCUAAACCAUGCUCUUUUGUAGUACUGUAAUCUUGAAGAGUGAAGGAGGCUGAUGGUCCCAUUACCUUCCUAAGGUUCAUCUCUUGUUUCAUUCUGUCUAAAAGUUGGCUGAUGUUAAAUCUGGAAGGAAAUAGUGAGAGCUGCAGUAGAUUCAUAAUCUUCCCUGACAAGUGCUGUUGUCAACUGCACAUACUUAAUACAUCUACAGUAGUCAACUUCAAAGCACUUUAAGCAGGAUGCCCCCCAAGUACUAGCAAAUUAAUUGAUUUUGAGUUUUCACUGAAUUGGAUGUUCCAUUUAGAGUUCUCACCACUUGUUUAGGCUUACUUCCCAGUGCAUUUUGAGCAGAAGAGUUGCUAUUAAACUUCUGCAUGCCCAUUAAGCUUUUAGUCCAUUUCUAAAGGGCAUUAGUGCACAUUCUAGGGUCUUCCCAUGUAUUGACAACCCCAAGCAUGCUUUAACCACAUCUUUGCCAGUUAUAAUGAAAAACUGAAUUUCUGUUUCUGUGCGUAUUCUGUGGUAUCUCCGUUUUUUAAAAAAGUUCUUGGCAUCUCCUUGGCAACCACUUGUGGCAGCAUGCUUUUUUCUGGAGUUUGAGACUGCAAUUUGACACUGUUUAAAAGUAGUGGCCUGCUACGUAACAGCAAUUAGACAGCAUUUCUGCAGUGCAUAACUGUGAGGAACGUAGUACCACAAGUGGCAAUGGACAUUAGGACCUGGAUGUAGUAUUCCUGCUUGCUCCGAGAUUCUCAUUGUCGCCUGCAUACAGGUAGGUAAAAAAGCACUAUAAUUAACUUGGUGACUUUCUGUGUAAUGUUGCUGUGGGGGUAUUCUGGCAUCACACUCCUGACCAUGGGAUUUCAGUGCAGCACUACUCAUACUGUAUGAUGCUUAGAUUUGAGGCCUAACCUGCAGUCAGCAUUAGGCAAGCUCACCGUAAUGCUGAGAGAUGUGCCUCAGACCCGCGAUUUCUUCGUGCUUAUGACUUGUUUCCAUCUUUACUGUGUGCCAAAGACCUUAGAGCUCAGUGGGAGGGGAAAGGGUGUACAACUUGUAAAUAUCCUAACUACUCAAGGUCCUGUUUGUUGCUCGUAGGAAUAAGUAUUCUUAAUACAUACUAGACUCAUGGCAAAAGUCACAUUGCAGCCCUUUCUUGUCUAGACAGAUAAAUACAUUGGUAACUUGCCACUGGGCAAUAAAUGGUUGCUGUGUUAAGCUUGAAGGUUGGGGAGUGGUAUAUUGUAACUGUAGCGGUCAUUUAUGUAAUGCGUUUGGGUGGCUGCGGGAUGAUGGCAUUUGUUCAAAUGAUACAUUGAAGAAUUGAUAGCUCCCACUUCUCAUAUUUCAUACAUCUUACCAAGCUUCCUUUGCUUUAUUGGUUGUGAAAAAUACAUAAUGGGGUUACAUACCUAACAUGUAUUUGCCCUCCAAGUCUGUUGGCUUUGUUGUGCUAGCUAGUUCAAUAUGUGUCUCUAAUGUGUUUCUUAAUCUGGUUCUUGGCCAAUGCACAAGAAUUAGCAAUAUUUUACUCAGGGCUGAAGUAUGCUUCCGUCAUACCUAGGUAUUGUAUUUCAAGAAAAGGCACUUGCGAAUGAGCAGGAUUCAACAAUGAAUCCUAAAGAUAACUAGGCCUUGGACUAGGUAAGCCAGUCUUAUCCAGUCUGCAAGAGAAAUGUAUGCUUGAAAUCCUAUCAGUAUGAACAGUAUAUGCAUUGCAAGACUAGUUACCUUCAAACCAAGUUAGAUCUCAACGCUAGUGACUACAGUUCCACUUUGAACUCAAUAAACAAAAAGCAGUAUGUUUGCUGUGUAACUGGGUUGCAAAUCUGUCCAACCACAGUAGAUGUGCUCAAUCUUGACCAAUAUGCCAAGGGUUUACUUGAUGUGUGGGAUUGUACCAAUAAUAUUUACUCUCCGAAUAAUUGGAUCUAGUAGAUAUUUCUCUUAGAGCAGGUGAGUUGGAAUAAGUCUGUGGGGUUAUAUACUUAACUACAGUGACAACAGGAAUAUAGUAGAUAUCUUUACAGGCAGUAACUCUUUUCUGCUCAAAAUACCACUUUGUAAGUGGCAUGAGAAAUAACUAAAAGUGCUUGCAUUGUGUUCCAUUUUUAAUUUUCAUCCUGUUCUACGAAUUGUUUUGAUUUCUUGCAAAAGCUGACUUCAGAGCUCAGAAGUGUGGUGCCAGAAUACAUUAAGCGUAAUCUGCUAGGCCCUCGGUUCCGAUUUACUGGUGCUGUCAGGAGAGAAGCACUUCAUAACUUUCUGGGGGAGGAAGGCUAAUUAUUAUAUUGAGUGUGCAAAGCUUCUAUUGGCUGCAGUCCCCCAUUCCCACCCCAAUAGCUCAACAAAAGCCUGAGGCUUGUAAUGCACCCAAGCUACGCGGGGCUGAGCUAAUGAUUUCCUGCUGAUCAGGAAGGCCUGUGCUCACUUUAUUCUAAAAUGGAGCCCAAUAUGAAGAGAUUGUGCUUUUUUAGGUUUGUUUGGACCAUUGGUUGUUUUCCACCAUCACAGCUAGCAAGGUUGGAAUCAACAGGUGAAGGUAAUACCCGCUGGAUGAACCCUGAAUGCUGCUCCAUAUGAGUAGAACACGAGCCAGCAGAUGCCAGCACAGUUGAAUGAUGGAGAGUCGGAAGCCCUACAUAGUGAGCAGGAGAAAGAAGCUGGUCCUGAAUGCGGAAGAGAGGUGUCCAGGGACUCCGCAGCAGCAGCAGCCUCUUCAAAACUUCAAUAAAUAUUCAUAAACCUUUAAA